GAGAUUUUUCUUUUUCUAGUUAGUUAUGCCCAUGGAUUUUCUCAUGUUGAAUUCUUAUGAUGGUAAUGGAAUUUCAAAGUUCAUGGCCUAAUUUUAAGCUUCUGCUGGAGAAUUUGAAGCUCUUAUCACGGUGGUUGCUGAGAUUAUUUUGGAAUUUUUGUGCAGAUCAGUAUGAUUCAGAUGUGAUUAAACCUAUGGUUACUAGAAAAAAAUAAUGAACUUCAGGCUAAGCUUAAAUAUAUAUGCGUCGAUCACAAGGAUUCUUGCCGACUUUUGCCUUGCCUUGCUUUAAUCUUGUCAGAUUUUUGCGAUUUUCAAGCUUUUACUCUAGUAAUCAGAUUCAUUUUCCACGAAAAUUGAAGCUCUUUUCCAUGAAUUUGCCAUUUUUGAAGCUUUUUCAGCUGUAUCCAGCUUUUCCUUCUUAUUUUUUCCCCUUUUACUUUUUCCUUUUCGCUUUUUUUUUCCCCGAAUGAAAUUUUUGAUUUCACGGUUAUUUCUGAUCAGUCACCGUCUCCAAUAUCUUCUGUCUUUAAAGCUCUGGACAAAAAGGUUUUUCUGCACUGCUGCUGAAAGUUGAAAGCGGAUCUGAUCGCGUCGGUGUCAUGUAACUCGUGUUCCUGGUCCAACCGCCAACUCGGCUCUUAACUCGGUGCUCAACAUCAACAAUGACGAUCACACCCAAGAUCUCAAUCAACGAUGGGAAACUUGUAGUGCAUGGGAAGACCAUAUUAACUGGAGUGCCAGACAACAUUGUGUUGACUCCUGCUGGCGGGCUCGUUGCUGGUGCAUUCAUUGGUGCCACUGCUUCCCAUAGCAAGAGUCUCCAUGUCUUUACUGUGGGCGUUUUAGAGGGUCUCCGUUUUAUGUGUUGUUUCCGCUUCAAGUUAUGGUGGAUGACCCAGAGGAUGGGCAUGUGCGGUAAAGACAUUCCUUUGGAGACCCAGUUCAUGCUGGUGGAGAGCAAGGAUGGUGGUGAAGGAGUUGAUCAGGGUGAUGCCCAGACCAUUUACACAGUCUUCCUUCCCCUCCUUGAAGGCCAGUUCCGGGCUGUUCUGCAAGGCAAUGAAAAGAAUGAGAUGGAGAUCUGCCUUGAGAGUGGGGAUAAUGCUGUUGAAACCAAUCAAGGCCUUCAUCUUGUCUACAUUCAUGCUGGGACCAAUCCGUUUGAAGUUAUCAACCAGGCUGUAAAAGCUUUGGAAAAGCACAUGCAAACUUUUCUUCAUCGUGAGAAGAAAAAGUUGCCCUCUUUCCUUGACUGGUUUGGCUGGUGCACUUGGGAUGCAUUUUACACUGAUGUCACAGCUGAGGGUGUUAAGGAAGGCCUUAAAAGCCUAUCAGAGGGAGGGUCUCCACCACGAUUUUUGAUCAUAGAUGAUGGUUGGCAACAGAUUGAAAAUAAAUCCUUGAAAGAUACUAAUGCUGUUGUGCAAGAAGGAGCACAAUUUGCUAGUAGGCUCACUGGAAUAAAGGAGAAUGCAAAAUUUCGGAAGAAUGGUGAAAAGGAUGAAGAGGCCAGAGGACUAAAGCAUGUCGUUGAAGAUGCCAAGCAAUGCCACAAUGUGAAGUUUGUAUAUGCAUGGCAUGCUUUAGCUGGCUACUGGGGUGGAGUAAAACCAGCAUCUUCUGGUAUGGAGCAUUAUGACACUGCGUUGGCAUAUCCAGUUCAGUCUCCUGGCGUGUUAGGUAACCAACCAGACAUUGUCAUGGACAGUCUCUCUGUCCAUGGCCUAGGUUUGGUGCAUCCCAAGAAGGUUUUCAACUUCUACAAUGAGCUUCAUGCCUACUUGGCCUCGUGUGGAAUAGAUGGAGUCAAAGUUGAUGUUCAGAACAUCAUUGAAACUCUUGGUGCUGGUCAUGGUGGAAGAGUUUCCCUUACCCGCAGCUAUCAUCAAGCUCUUGAGGCCUCAAUUGCACGAAACUUCCCUGAUAAUGGAUGUAUUUCGUGCAUGUGCCAUAACACUGAUGGGAUCUAUAGUGCCAAGCAGACUGCUGUUGUGAGAGCCUCUGAUGACUUCUAUCCUAGGGACCCUGCCUCCCACACUAUUCACAUUUCUUCUGUGGCUUACAAUACCCUUUUCCUUGGAGAAUUUAUGCAACCUGACUGGGAUAUGUUCCAUAGUUUACACCCUGCUGCAGAUUAUCAUGGUGCAGCUCGUGCUAUUGGUGGAUGUGCAAUCUAUGUCAGUGAUAAGCCUGGCAACCACAACUUCGAGCUACUGAAGAAGCUGGUCCUUCCUGAUGGAUCAGUUCUGCGUGCCCAACUUCCUGGCAGGCCGACCCGUGAUUGUCUCUUUGCUGAUCCAGCAAGAGAUGGCACUAGCUUACUAAAAGUAUGGAAUGUGAACACAUGCACUGGUGUGGUCGGUGUUUUUAACUGCCAAGGUGCUGGUUGGUGCAAGAUUGAGAAGAAGACUCGUAUUCAUGAUGCCUCUCCUGGUACUCUCUCAGGCUCUGUUCGCUCCACUGAUGUGGACUGCAUUGCUCAAGUUGCUAGUCCAGAUUGGAGUGGGGAGACAAUAGUGUAUGCUUACAAAUCAGGGGAGGUUAUUCGGUUGCCUAAAGGUGCUUCGGUGCCGGUGACGCUAAAAGUUCUUGAAUAUGAACUUUUCCAUUUCUGCCCAAUCAAGGAGAUUGCUUCCAACAUUUUAUUUGCACCAAUAGGGUUGCUCGACAUGUUCAAUGUCGGUGGCGCAAUGGAUAAGUUUGAAAUCAAGAUGAAUCCUGACAAAAAAUCAGAGCUCUUUGAUGGUGAGGUCUCCUCAGGGCUGACUACAUCACUAAGUGAAAAUCGAUCUCCAGCUGCAACUAUUGCACUGAAAGUAAGGGGAUGCGGACGUUUUGGUGCUUACUCUUCGCAGCGCCCGCUAAAAUGCAGCGUGGACAAUGCUGAGACAGAGUUCAACUAUGACUCCGAUACUGGCCUAGUCACCCUGACUCUCCCCAUACCGGAGGAGGAGAUGUAUAGAUGGAAUAUGGAGAUCCAGGUUUAAGUAAAAGGUAGAAGUAGUUAUAAGAGCAAGUAUCAAAUAUCAACUAGAAUAUCACCAUCUUUUGAGUAGCAAGCUUUGCAGACGUGUGGGUUCCCUUGAGUGAUGCUCAUAUUUUGCAAAGAUCCAUGAUGGUGAUGGUGAUGGUGUUGUAUGUCAUAUUUUGAUAAUAAAAGUGCUUUUCGUCGGAA